AUGACGGAAUCUAUCUGGUCGCACGAUCAACCUUCUCCACCGAAACCAGUGGCUAAUUUCAACCGCCAUAGGUGUACGAGCGUCUUCAAGUUGCUGGUUCAGAGGGAAAUUUCACCAAAAACAAAGUUUGUGCCAAGGAAACGGUGGGGUACCCCAUGGGAUGCUGAUUCGUCUUGUGGAACCAGUAAUGAACCAGUGAGAGAGCUGGGACAUAAUCUUAUUUCAUGGGUUGAGGCAGAGUCAUUGCAGCAUUUAUCUGCUAUAUAUUGUCCUCUUGUGCCUCCUCCAAGGUCAACUAUUGCCGCAGCUUUUAGUUCCGAUGGAAAAACUCUUGCUUCUACACAUGGUGACCACACUGUAAAGAUUAUUGAUUGCGAGACAGGAAAGUGCUUAAAAGUUUUGACCGGCCAUCGGAGGACACCCUGGGUGGUCAGAUUUCACCCGCGCCACUCAGAAAUAGUUGCUAGUGGAAGUUUAGAUCAUGAGGUGCGCUUAUGGAAUGCAAAAACUUCGGAGUGUAUUAGAUCUCAUGAUUUCUAUCGACCAAUUGCUUCUAUUGCUUUCCACGCUGAUGGUGAAUUACUUGCUGUUGCAUCUGGUCAUAAGUUGCACAUAUGGCAUUAUAAUAAGAGUGGGGAGGACUCGUCACCAGCAAUUGUGUUGAAGACAAGGCGUUCCCUGAGAGCUGUACACUUUCAUCCACAUGGGGUUCCUCUUCUCUUGACUGCAGAGGUGACUGACAAUGAUUCAUCAGAUUCUGCAAUGACAAGAGCAACAUCUCUGGGUUAUUUGCGAUAUCCGGCCCCUGCUAUUUUCUUCACCAACACUCAGAGUGGCAGUCACACCAGUUUGGCAGCAGAACUGCCACUUGUGCCAUUACCAUACUUACUCUUGCCUUCAUAUUCUGCUGAUGAUCCAAGAAUCCAAUAUUCUACUGGCACUACUGGUCCAAGGAGUGCACAAUCAAGGUUUCAGAGUAAUCAAAGUUCUGUUGAACACGGCAGCAGAACAAUAUCUCCUCCUCCCCCUCUUCCCUUGGCUAUGUCUGGUGCUCUUUCUGGCUCUUAUCAUGUCCCUGAAAACUCUGCUAGCAGCACAUUUGCUGCCCAAGCUGGAGUUAGAACUUCUACGACUGCAGUUGAUGCCAUGGAUGUAGAUGAAGCUCCUGUUGGAAGAAAUAGAGUCCCCAGUCAAGUUGCAAGUCAACCAGAUUUACUUGAGUUUGGACAACUUCAGCAAUUGUUUCACUUUAGAGACAGAGUUUCCUGGGAAUUGCCUUUUCUACAAGGGUGGUUGAUGGCCCAAAGCCAAGCUGGUGCUAAUUCAGUGGUACUUCCUAGUGGUCAUGUCAACUCAAAUCCUUAUACAGGCUCUUCUUCAGCAUCCCAGUCAUCCACAGCCAGUCUGGAGGCUGCAGUAGCGUCAUUAGAAAUUCCUGGUGGUGUUAACUUAUAUGGGGUUUCGGCAAGAGGCAGCUCCCGGGACCGAAUACCACCGUCCCACUUUGCAGGAUCUGGUUUAGCAGAAGGUGUUUCCUCUCGUAAUACUCAACAUGAAGGAACUGAAGCUCAACCUGUGGUGAACAGAAUUCCGUCUGAACUGGCUACUUCGAUUGCUGCGGCAGAGUUGCCUUGUACUGUCAAACUGAGAGUGUGGUCACAUGACAUCAAAGACCCAUGUGCAAUACUGAAGUCUGACAAAUGUCGAAUAACCAUACAUCAUGCUGUUCUCUGCAGUGAAAUGGGAGCUCAUUUCUCGCCAUGUGGGAGAUAUUUAGCAGCAUGUGUUGCAUGUGUUAUUCCUCAUGCUGAGACAGAUCCUGGUUUGCAGACAUUGGUCCAACAAGAUUCAGGGCUUGCAACUUCCCCAACUCGACAUCCUGUCACAGCACAUCAAGUCAUGUAUGAACUUCGUGUGUAUUCUCUUGAAAAGGAAACAUUUGGUUCAGUACUUGUGUCACGGGCAAUUAGGGCUGCACAUUGCUUGACCUCUAUCCAGUUCUCACCAACCUCCGAGCACAUAUUGCUUGCAUAUGGUCGGCGUCAUGGUUCUCUUUUGAAGAGCAUUGUGAGUGAUGGAGAAACUACAUCGCAUUUUUUCACAGUCUUGGAGAUUUACAGAGUUUCAGAUAUGGAACUGGUGAGGGUGCUUCCAAGCUCAGAGGAUGAAGUUAAUGUUGCUUGCUUUCAUCCUUCUCCUGGUGGAGGUCUUGUAUAUGGAACAAAGGAGGGCAAACUUAGGAUCUUCCGGUACAACACAGCUGCUGCGUCUAACCUCACUGCACCCAACAGCUCACCUGAGGAGAACCUGGCCGAGGUGCAGACAUAUGCAUUAGAAUGCUAG